AUGCACUUCAACCCUGACCACAGCAACAGCGUCAGCCUGACUGGCCACGUGAUGGAGCCGCCCCAGCGCCGGCAGGUCAGGGGCGACCUGACACUCGUCAACGUGGUGCUGGGCUGCACGGACCCGGCCAAGGGCCGAACGCAGCGUUUCAAGGCGUCGUUCUGGGGGGACAAUGGGGAGCAGGUGGCGGCACACGUGCAGGCGGGGAUGGAGCUGGCGGUGAGGGGCAGGCUGAGGCAGUACCGGGAGGAAGUGACGAUCAGUGUGGAGGAGUUUUAUGUGGUGGAGGGCGCGUACACCCCGGCGCCUGAGCUUGCUACACAAGAAGCUUCGCUGCCAAGCCUGGGGCCAAACAAACUCGACUGCUACGAUCUCUACCAGAACAACAGGGCAGAGGUGGUGCAAAUUGCCCAAAGGAAGGGCAUCAAAGAAGCCACUGUAAUCGGCUACGUGGCCGACUGCGGUGCCGCUGGCUAUCCCUUGGACUGGAGCAGCCUGUGCAGAGAUGCCUACUUGGGACCCAGAGAGUGUGUCAUCGCUGUGACUGCCGAUGCAAUCAUGGAGGCAGCAGAGGAGUGCCUUUCAAAGGGGAGUGAGACGCUGGAGUCGCUGCAGGCAUCGCUGUCAAAGGUUCGGGAGGUGUUGCGGCAGGGGCCGAGUGGGCCGAUGGUUGAGGCGCAGGAGGACGCACUGCUGGGCUCCGGCUUCACGUACGCGCAGAUCAGGAUUGUGCUGGCGAUGAUGCAGUUAGGCAUCUCACCCGAUGAGUGGAACCACUUCAUCCCCCAUCCCCAAGCAGGUGACCAGGUGGAAACAUCUGUCUUCUGA